ACCGGUAAUUUUAUUCUUGAGGCAAAAAUAUUUUAUAGAACCGGUUUUUCAACACAUGCAAAACUGAAUUACGAGCAGCAGCUGAUAUAACCAAAACCUUCUUCACUGACGUGACUGACUUGUCAGGCCUUACCAAAAAUUAACUCCGUGCCCUCUGUGCUUAGGAACAGACCAAAAACAGCACUAUGUGGGAGGAUACAAUUUUGAUUGUUUUCAUUUCUAUUUUCACUGCUCUUCUUGGAGAAGGUUUCACCUGGUAUAUGGUUUACAGAACUGAAAAGUACCAAAAGCUAAAGGCUGAAGUUGAAAGGCAGAGCAAAAAGUUGGAGAAACGAAAGGAAGCUCAUGGAGACUCCAUUGACAAGCAGCAGAAGAAGAAAAUUGAAAGAGACGAGGAAAAGCUGAAAAACAACAACCGGGAUUUGUCUCUUGUGAAAAUGAAGUCUGUGCUCUUCAUCGGCUUUGCUUUCACUGCCCUACUCAGCAUGUUCAAUUCUGUGUUUGAUGGCAGAGUUGUAGCUAAGCUUCCAUUCACUCCGAUCUCAUGGCUGCAAGGUUUGAGCCACAGAAAUCUCUCUGGUGAUGACUACACUGACUGCUCAUUCAUUUUCAUUUACAUCCUCUGCACCAUGUCCAUCAGACAGAACAUCCAAAAGUUGCUGGGCUUUGCCCCAUCAAGGACCGCGUCUAAGCUAAGCGGCAACAUGUUCGGAGCGCCUCCACAGCAGCUUCGAUAAGGAAUUCAGAACUUUCCACACCUCCUGCGUGCUGAAUAUUUGGAGUCGUUUGCGGUUUGUUUUCCUUGUCGCCUGCGGCGCUCCUUUUUCUCCUGAACCCAGUCUCUCGAGUUUUUCAGCCCCUUUCGUUGAAACCUCUGCGGUUUGCCACGAACUCUGGAAUAUUAAAUUUGUCAUUGUUAAGUUUUUUAAGAACAUUAUUUAUGCUUCAACGUGUAAUUGAGGAGUUUCAUUCAUUACUUGCUUGAUACAUUUUGUUUUAAAAAUUUGUAAUGUAGCUCAACCCUCAUUAAAGCUAGUUUACAUUUUAACCUGUACAGAUUAAAAUUGACAGCUGCCACAUACAAUAAAAUCUUACCUUUCACUAGAAUAA